UUUAAUUUCAUAUCUACAAAUAUCAAAAUUAUUAUUUUAUUUACUUGCAAUGUGGAUAAAAAGGUAUUUAAAAAUUGUUUUUAAUGCAUUAAAAAUAUUUAGGCCUCAUAUGCAAUUGCAAGUUAAUUGCACCAAUAUAGGUACAAUGAAAGUAAAGUGAGUUGGCUUGCAAAAAUAGUGUUGUGUCAAAAAAUCACAAAUGCAAUUGCACCAAUGAAGAUGCUCUUAGGCAAAAUCAGAUUAAAGAGUUUUACUGAUGGCACUUAGUAAUUAAGAGAAAACAUUCUGUUAACGGAGAUCAAAUAAAAGGUCUGGUGGGAUUUCGUUUAGAGUUGCCACUUGAUUAUCUAGGGCAACUAUCCAGAAUGAAACAGUCCAUGAUAACUGCAAUAACCUUUGCUACAUUACAUAGGAGUUAGGUGGUGAUUAUGCACCCCCCGGCAUUUUUUUUUUAUUUUUUAUUUUUUAUUUUUUGUAGUUAGCAUGGAUUAUCAAGCACGAAGGUUGUCACUCGUCGAUCCAUUUUCGCACGUUGGCACGGUCGAGUACAUUGGUAAAGGGUUAAUGGUCGGAUAAUGUUAUUCUGAACAUGUAAAAAAAAAUCUUUAUAUUAGGCUAGUUUAGCCAUGCUAUAACUUUUUCAAAAACAGUUUCUAACCAAUCUCGUAUGAGUUUGUAUGUAAGAAUGGUUGUGAACCUAUUAUCUAUGUCUAAUUGAUGCUUAAUCAUUUGUCUAUCUCUUGCUUUGGUAAGUGUGGUUGAUUGCUUUGUUCUUGACCUAAGUUGAGGUCACCAUCCCAUUAGGUCAAUAUAGAACUCACAUAAAGUAUUGUGAGAUUCGGAUUACAUGAUUAUUGAGUCGAUGUCACAUUUGUCAUGGGCUUGUCCACAAUUUAACGAGUCUUAUCCUAAAGCUAUGCUUGAUUUGUUGGUCCUAUGAUCAUUGAACCAAGAAGUCUACUAUAAGUGCAUCUAAGGGACAUGGCCAUUGCAUUAGGUGAUAAGUAAUAUGAACUCGGUCGGUCACCGGACACUAUACUACUUUGCCGAUAUAUGAUGCACUUGUCCAGAAUUGGAGUAGCUAGUAUCGUUGACGGACCCCACAAUAAAUUGUAAAGAUCGAUGCGGGCGCAUCGGAUUUAUCUUAUUAUCCAAGAAGCCACCUGUUUGAUCCAACUUCGAAGUUGAGCUACUGGCCUAUAAGUCUAAUGUAAGAUUGCUGUGGUCGCAGUCACUAGACUUCAAGCUUCAAAAUAAUGCAGCUAGCUGGAUUCAUAAGCAUCUGAGUUUAUUUUAGGUCUUCUUUCCUUUUCCCGCCAAUAUUAAAGAUCACCCCUUCCAAUUCCAAGGUAAACAUGAGAUAAGUAAAAUUGAGUUACAGCUCCCUUCUUACACAGCUUCAGAUUUCUUGCCAAAAUCCUGCUGCCUUCCAACAUCUCAUUCAAGUAGUCUCUGUAACAGAGCCCUUGCUGCUGUAAAGUGUAAACAAUUUAUUCUUAAUAAUUACUCGACUUGUUCAAAAAAAAAAGUUAAUUAUUAAUGCUAUAGCCUAUAAGCCUAUAACACUCCCUUGCAUAUCUUCAUCUAAAAUUAGUUAAGCCAACGAUUUAACUAAAAGAAUGGUAACUCGUUAGGUUGUGACAAACCAGACUAGUAUAUUGUUGCGCUUGAAACUUGGACCCAAUCAUUCUUAUAGUUUAAAUUGCAACACUCUCAAUACUAGAUUGAAUAUUGUGUCAAUAACGUGAAAGUCAAAGUAAAUAGAUAAGCUCUACUAACAUCACCAUGAAAGUUAAAACAAGGGUGGAUAUCAGCUGAUUUUGUCUAUAAUCUGAUCAAAUCAAGAUAGGAAUGCACCAAAAUUACAGAAAAGGAGAGCACCGUAACCCAGACCAAAAACAUAUUUUGUUCAUUUGGUUCAAUUCAGUCCGAUCAAAGUUUUUUUAUUCAUUUUUCCUUUUAUACUUAACAUAUUAAUCAUACUAUUUGAUCAGUAAAACUAAUAAAUUAUUACUAAUUAUUUUAUUACUAUUUCAUUAAUUACUAAAUAUUCUAACACAUAAAAUUCUGAAAGUUUAGGGACUAAAUCGACCAUUUAACAAAGGCUAAGGAUCUGUUUGCCAAACAUAACUACACUGACUUAUUUGCAAUGGAUAGAUAUUCUGCAGUAUCUUUAGUGACUGCCUCUUUAGCGACAACCUGAUUGGCGGUCAUUCUAAGACGUAUCUGAUCUUCUCAAUUGUUCGAAUUUCUAAUUUUGUUCUUUUCCGAUUUUGAAUUGUUCCUUGAUUUAAUCGUCCAUUGAUCACCCCGACCUUAUAUUGUCGAAGCAGGACAUGUUACGGUGAUUACUAUAAAAUAGUAAUUACCGUGGUUAUUAAGGGCAAAUUGGAUAUGACAAAAAAAUUAUUAAUUACCUUUUUUACAUUUUAGGAAGUUAUUAAAAUAUAUUAAUUACAAUUCUCUUUCUCUCACUUCUACAAUCUUCAGCCAGAUCUCUCUUCCUUUUUUCCCCAAUCUUUUCCUUGUUUUCAUUCAGAUAGCGAUGCAACAAUAAAACAAUACCAAUCCAUUAAAAGAACACUACCACUACAUAAAACACCAAUACCAUUCGUGAAAUAAAAACACUACCAUUUCACAAAACAUUAAUACCAUUGCAGAUUUAUCAAUAUCAAUACAUGCAAAUCACUACCAUUACAUGAUAAUCAAUACCAAUGCAAAAAAAAAAAACAAUGUGAAAGAAAAACACUACCACUACAAAAAAAAACUACAAUUUCACUGAAAAGCAAUACACUUACAUGAUAAUCAAUACCAAUGCGGAAAAAACAAUACCAAUGCGAAAAAACACUACCAUUAAGAAAAAAUCACUACCAAUGCGGAAAAAACAAUACCAAUGCGAAAAAACACUACCACUACGAAAAAAACACUACCAAUGCAAAAAAACAUUAGCACUACAAAAAAAUCACUACCGAUGCGGAAAAAAAUCAGAUCUAGGGGUUUUAUUCAUCCCACAUUUUCAAUACCAAUGCAAAAAAAAAUACUACCAUUACGGGAAAAAAUACUACCAAUGCGGGAAAAACACUACCAUUUUUUUAAUCUUAACCAUGAGAUUAAAAAAAUGAAAAAAAAAAUGGACGACAGAUAAUGAUGUAGCCACGGUGGCUACUAGAAUUUUAGUUACCAUUUUGAGAAGCAUUGUGGUUUGCGUCUGGGCUCUGUGGAUUGAAUCACUGGGCUAUAUGUGAGUAUUGAAAUCGUGGAAGACACACAUCGCAAGUCGCCGCACUCACUUCCGUUGCUUGCUGAGAGUUAGGCGUCCUCUCGUCGGAACUCCUACACUUCGUUCUGUCGCAAUUGGAGAGAGAACUCAACUCGCGAAUGGAAAUGGAAGAAUGAGAAUUGGGUUUAUGAAAUUGUACUGAAGGGUAUAUUUGGAUUAAUAGGAAAUUACCAGGGGCACGCUUGUCACAAAUGUAAAAGUAUGGGCCGGAUUUUAAAAUAGCUGGGGGUGGGCAGGUUUUUCUAAUUCCGGCCUGUGUUGGUUUUCAAAUUCCCUGAGGGAUACAAUCCAGCGUUUUUUUAUCACUUCCCAAACAAGGGAUUGGUUUAAAAUCCGGCAAGGGGAGUGAUUCUAUUCAAAUCCCUCACCACAUUUCUUAAUCCAAACGACCCCUUAAGGUUUUCAAGUUUGGAUCUAGUAGUUCGUCUUGUUACUAUUAUUGGUGUUUAGUAAUUCUUUCUAGGGUUUAACGGUUGUGGGUGAGUAUCUUAUAUCUAGCAUUGUUACAAUGUAGCUAGUUAUAUUCAUGGCAGGGGGAGAAGAAGGAAGGCACCGACACUGGCUGGCUUUGAAGUGCUUAUGUUGUUUUUGUUUGUCAAUUAGUAGUUCUUUCUAAGGUUAACGUUUUAUGAGUGAGUAUCUAGCAUUGUUACUAUACUUAAAGUAAUCAAAUAAUUGAAGGUUGUUGAACUUUUAAAUAUAGUACAGAGUCAUUAUUAUUUUUUGUUAGACUUAGCAGAUUGGUUAUUAUUGCUUAAAAUUUAAAUUACAAAUAAGUUUGACUUUGUGGAUAGACAACAUUCAUAUAUGAGGUACCAGGUAAGAUUAUUAUAGAGUAGUAAUAACCCCGAUUACUAAGAGUAAAUUGGAUUUGAAAAAAUAUUUAUUAGUUAUCUUUUUUUAAUAAAUUACAUAUUAGAAGAUAACAAAAAUAUAUUAAUUAAAAUUUUCUUUUUCACCUUCUCUCAAAAGUGAUCUCCAACCAGAUUUUUCUUCUUUUUUUUUUUUCAAUCUUUUCUUUGCGUUCAUUCAACCAAACUAAUACCAUUGCAAACAUAAAAACAAGAAAUCAAUACAAAUUCAUUAAACAAACACUACCACUUCAGAAAAACAUAAAUACAAUGAUAGAAAUAAAACAAAAAAUCAAAACCAACACAUAAAAACACUACUACUAUCGCAAUAUAUACCACUUAUUAACCAAUAUCAUUACAUAUUUAAUCAAUACUAAUACAAAUUAACCAAUAGCAUUGUUGCCAUGUUAAGUGUUAACUAAAAUCCUGUGCACCCCAAACUAGUAAGUAUGCAUUGUAUACUGCAAGCUUACCAUUGGUUAGGAUCUGAACCUGUUAGCUGGAAUUCCAUUGGUAAGAAGUCUACAAAUUUCCUUUCAAUUCUAACAUGCUUAUGUGUUUAAUUCUCUCAUGACAAAUUGAAUUCUAGAAAAUACGUAGUAGAGCAGACUGAUUGUCACAAUCAAGCAAGAGCUAGAUGAUGGUCUAGAUCGGUAGCCAACCUCAUAAAUGUGUAACAAAAUGUAGCUUCAAUAAGAGAUGAAUUAGUUUAUCGGUUUUUUAGUCCCAAUAACUUGAGAUCAACUCGAGAGUUGAAAUUUUCACAACGCAAUAAUAAUUUGUGUUUAAAUUAAGGUCAAUAUUGAGAAGCGUGAAAAUUUGAACAGACAAUCACUCGAGCAAACCAAUUCUGAUUCCUUGUCAUAAAUAAUUUAGUUUCAAUAAUUACUGGACUUGUUCGGAAAAAAGAUUACCUAAAUAAAUCACGUAACACUUUCUUGCCUAACUUGUCCUAAUUUUUUUUUGUCAAGCCAACGAUUUAUCUAAAAGAAUGGUAACUCCUUAGGUUAUUACAACCCGACUAGUAUAUUGUUGUGUUUGAAACUUGGACCCAAUCAUGCUUAUAGUUUAAACUUUAAGUUGAAGAACUCUCGAUAGUAGAUCGAAUAGUGUGAUGUGAGAGGAUAGAAAUUAAAAACUGCCGCCGACCGACAUAUUUUGGUAACGAUGAUUAUCGAAGAUGAAGGUCCCAUUGUUGAACAACUUUCCAUUGAAUGAAUUAGGGACAAGUUGCAGGGGAAGCGAUGGAGGUGUAGGAUGAACAGUGCAAUGUCGUCGUCGGUGCAAGCGGUGGUGGGGAGAUUGAGCCAGUUGGGCUUUAGAGAUGGGAGAGUGAUGGGUUGAUGGGAGAGACAGGGUGUUGAUGAGACUGAGAGUGUAGGUUGGAAGUAGAAUGCGGUUGAUUUACAGCUGCCAAUCCACCCCUCUUAAAUGUCGUCUUGAUUUAACCAUUUCCAAGGAUAUAUGAUAUGGGUAUUAUAAUCAACAAUCAAACUCCGAAAUCCGAAUCCCAUUCUGCAGCAAGACACCGCCGGAAGGGAAAAAAUGGAGUUCAGAAUCGUUUCCAGGGAGCUAGUGAAACCAUCUUCCCCUGAAAUCAUACAGACGAAGCCUCCACACAGGCUCUGCCUCUUCGACCAGCUCACUCCCUUGACCUUCGUUCCCGUCGUUCUCUUCUACGCUAAUCCCGACCACAGUAACUCCGUUCUCGCCUCCUCCACCGAUCCCUUCAUCCGCCGCCUGAAGCGCUCCCUGGCGGAGACUCUCGACAUUUACUACCCUUUCUCCGGCCGGACAAAUCCAGACAGCUUGUUCGUCGACAGCUUCAACGCCGGCCUCCCUUUCACUCUAGCCCAAGCGGUGGAUUGCCGCCUCUCCCAGUUCUUGAAACGCAAGGAAACAGAGCACCUGAACCUCCUCCUCUCUCGACAGCCAUUUCAGAAGGAACCUACCGACGUGGACUCCCCUGUUUUGGAGCUUCAGGUCUCUGUUUUCCCCUGCGGCGGAAUAGUCUUAGGCUGGGCUUGUUCUCAUAAGCUGAUCGACGCGUCCUCCAUUAUAUCCUUCCUCGCUACAUUCUGUGCCCUGUUCCGCGGCCAACGGAACGGCGUCGUUUCCCCUGAUUUCGCGCAGGCAUCGCAGCUCCUCCCGCCGAGGGACCCUUUCCCUGAAAACUACAUCAAACUGAUGGAAACCCUAUGGUUCACUGAAGAAAAUUACAUGACCAGGCGAGUCAUGUUCGAUUCCAAGUCAAUCGCUCAGCUGCGAGCCAUGGCGGCCGGAGGAGGGGAAUCGAUUAAGAAGCUGUCUAGAGUGGAGGCAUUGUCCUGUUUCAUCUGGAAAUGCAGCAUGGCGGCGUCCAAGGCGGUUUCUUCCGCAUCCAAGACCUCGAUUCUGGUGGAGGCGGUGAAUCUCCGGAAGUUGAUCAACCCGCCGCUGCCGGACGCGGCAAUUGGGAACUUGUUCUGGUGGGCAGUGGCUGCGGCGAACCCGUACGACGAGUCUAACACGGAGAUGUCGGAGCUAGGGAAUCUGGUGAGUGAAGGGAUCGGGCUAUACAGGACCGAUUACGUGGAGUCGCUCCAAGGGGAAGAUGGGUUCGAGGCGAUUUCCGGUCACUUCGAGCAGGUGGAAGCGAUGUUCGAGGCGGAGAAGCCGGAUAUAUUCGGGUUUACGAGCUGGUGCGGGUUGGGUUUCACGGGUCAGGAUUUCGGGUGGGGGAAACCGGUUUGGGUGACACCGGCGGGGAAAGUGGGUCGGGCUUUUCGAAACAUGACUGUGCUUGUGGACUCGACGGACGGGAGAGGAAGCAUUGAGGCCUGGGUCACUUUAGACGAGAAGCGAAUGGCUGUUCUUGAGCGCGAUCCGAACUUUCUUGCGUUUGCUUGUCCUAACCCUGGGAUUUCUAAUCUGUGAAUGAAUGAACGAAUGGUCAGUCUUGUUAGUUGUUACUAUUCGUGUUAAGUUGCUCUUUUAAAGGUUGAACUGUUUUGAGUGACUACUUAGAAUUAGUCAUAAGAGUACUUGAUAUGUAUUAUGUGGUACCCAGAAUUACAAGAUUAUAUUAUGUUUGAUCCAAUAUUAAGUUACAAAAUUGAUUACGCGUACCGAUUAUCGAUUUUUAUGAAUAAAAUAUCGAAGGUUUUCGAAACUUUCAAAUAUAGUAUCAGACGUUAU